UUAAAAAGAGGCCUGAGAGAAGGUCUAGAGAGAUUUCUGAUAAGAUUGAUUUAUUUGGUUAAGAAAUACUUUUCUUGAACCUAUUUUAAAAAAAGGUAACACCAGAAUUAUCAUAACAAAACACAUUGAAAUGUGAGAACUAUAACAAGAUGAAAAUCUGACAGGUACAAUUAGUAUGACAUAAAGCAGGAGGAGGUGAACCAAAACCUUCAAUUAAACAUUUUGGCAUUUACACUUCUUAAUUCUUUGACUUGUUAAAAUGGUUGGGGAACAACAUGAAAGCCAUUUAUAGCUUAACAAUGAAAGGAGGAUUAGUACUACUUAAUUUUAUUCCACUGACAAAGUGCCUUCUACAAAAUCCAGCCCAUAGGACAUGAACAUGAUCUUGGCCACACCUUGGCAUUACUGGUUUGCAGCAUUAUUUCCCUAUCCGUUCCUGAAACCUUUCUACAUGGGCUCAAACAAUAGCAACUCUGGCAAGAAUCCUCCUAUAUACACAGUGAAAAAAUAUCUCUGAGCUCUGCAAGUGAUAAAUCAAGUGUCACACUUCUUUUCGUAACACCUGAAGGGCAGAAGUCAGGUUGGCUAAAAUCCGGACUCUAUAAUGGCUUUAGUCUUUAGAACAGCAAUGCAAUCGGUUGGGCUUUUAUCCUCUCUGCUGGGAUGGGUUUUAUCCUGCCUUACAAACUACCUGCCAUACUGGAAGAACCUCAACCUGGACUUAAACGAAAUGGAAAACUGGACCAUGGGACUGUGGAAAACCUGCGUCAUCCAGGAAGAAGUGGGGAGGCAGUGCAAGGACUUUGAUUCCUUCCUGGCUUUGCCGGCUGAACUCAGGAUCUCCCGGAUUUUAAUGUUUCUGUCAAAUGCGCUGGGGUUUCUAGGCCUGCUGGUCUCAGGGCUUGGCCUGGACUGCCUGAGAAUUGGACAGAGACAGCAAGAUCUCAAGAGGCGGCUGCUAAUCCUGGGAGGAAUUCUGCUCUGGACCUCAGGAGUCACGGCCCUCAUCCCCGUCUCUUGGGUUGCCCACAUCACAGUCCAGGAGUUCUGGGACGAGACCAUCCCAGAGAUUGUCCCCAGGUGGGAGUUUGGGGAAGCCCUGUUUCUUGGCUGGUUUGCUGGGUUUUCUCUUCUGCUGGGAGGGUGUCUGCUUCACUUUGCAGUCUGUUCAGUCUCAGCUCCUGGAGCUUCGGGCCGCUACGCAGUGGCAGAAACACAAGAUCCCUGCCAACAGCUGGAAAUGAAACACACCACUCUGGAACUCUAGGCCAGCGGGAUCAGUGGUGUCGCUCUUCGGGAGACGCUUGUCAGCGCUGGAUUUGGCAGGCGCUCCCACUACAUAGUCACCCACUCACUGUGCUUUCAAUUGUCUAAAAUACCUUUUCUGCCCUGUGGCUGUUAGCUUCUUUAAAAAGUUCUUCUCUGAGAUUGGUAAGCCACUUUUAUUUUCUACCUGGAGACCGAAACCAAUCAAGACCUAACAGUAAUCACAUUCAUUACUGUACAUGGUUUUUUUUCCCCAUUUUAAAAUAGGCUCAGUGAUUACACAGAACUGGCAAAUAAAACAUUAUAUUAGUACUUGUA